AUGGCUUCUGCCUCCAUUAUUUCAUUUUCAUUUCUUUCCAAAUACUACCUUCAGCCAUUAAUCCUUAUCAUCUUCAUCUGCAUAAACUUGCUUUGCUUCCAGCAUGUCGGAGCUGCAUCAAACGAGACUGAUUAUUUGGCUCUGCUCCAGUUUAAAGAAUCAAUAACUGAUGAUCCUCAUGAAAUUUUGAGCUCUUGGAAUAGUUCCAACAACUUCUGCAGCUGGAUUGGAAUCACAUGCGGCCACAAGCACAGGCGAGUCACCGUGUUGAAUUUGGGAGGUUAUCAUUUGGGUGGGAUCAUAUCGCCUCACAUUGGCAAUCUAUCUUUCUUGAGAUAUCUCUCCCUCACAAACAACAGUUUUCAUGGAGAAAUCCCACCAGAGUUGGGACGUUUGUUUAGGCUAAACACACUCUUGCUCUCAAACAACUCAUUGACAGGAGAGAUUCCUUUGAACUUGACGAAUUGCAAUGAAUUAAGGAUCUUACAUUUGCUAGGGAAUAGCCUUACUGGUACGAUAACAUCCCAAGUGGGGGCUCUUCAGAAGCUUCAAAAGUUGCAGCUUGCUCUCAACAAUUUAACUGGUGAAAUCCCAUUGUCUUUGCAGAAUCUUACUUCCCUCACCUAUCUUGCAUUAGGCCGUAAUAACUUUGAAGGAAGCAUACCAGAAGAGAUAGGCCACUUGAAGAACUUGGUAUUUUUUGGAGCAGCAGAGAAUAGUUUGUCAGGUGCUCUUCCUUCUUCACUUUACAAUCUAUCAUCUCUCACUAUGAUAUCAGUAGCAGCAAACCAUCUCAACGGCACUCGACUUCCAAACCACUUGUUCUCCAGCCUUAAUAAUUUGAAAUAUUUUGCCAUAGGUAGCAAUCAAAUUUCAGGUUUGAUCCCAAAUUCAAUCACAAAUGCAUCAUCACUCCAAAUUUUUGAUAUUUCUUAUAACAAUUUUUUGGGUGAAGUUCCCAAUCUAGGAAAUCUAAAAGAUCUACGAAUGCUAAACUUAGCAUAUAACAAUAUUGGGAGCAAUCGUGGCCUUGAUUUCAUUACAACUUUGAAAAAUUGCAGCCAACUUGAAGUUUUAGCUUUGACCUCAAACAUAUUUGGAGGCAUUUUACCCAGCUCCAUGGGAAAUUUGUCUACCCAACUCACUGGACUGUACCUAAGUCUUAAUCAGAUAUCUGGUACUAUUCCUGAUACACUAGGAAGGUACACACUUUUAAGGACCUUGGAUCUUAGCCGAAAUGAAUUCUCAGGCACCAUUCCAACUUCUUUUGGAAAUUUAGGCAAGAUAAAAUCAUUAUAUUUAGGGGCAAAUCAACUCUCUGGAGAGAUAACUUUCUUAGGGAACCUCAGUGAAUUGAUCAUACUAUCAAUUCCAGGCAAUAAGCUUGAAGGAAAAAUUCCUACCACAAUUGGAAACAUGAAAAGCUUGCAAUUACUAGAACUUACAAAAAACAGCUUUAGUGGACCCAUACCUAUUCAGAUCUUUGGCCUUUCCUCCUUGUCCAUUUUCUUAGACAUAUCUCAAAACUCAUUGAAUGGAUCUUUGCCUUCUGAGGUAGGAAUGCUUAAAAACCUUGGCAUUUUGGAUAUCUCUUAUAAUAACUUUUCGGGAGAAAUUCCUUUGACCAUAGGAGAAUGUGAAAGUAUGGAAUACCUUAACUUACAAGGGAAUUCCUUCAAGGGGCCCAUGCCUCCUUCGGUGGCUUUGAUGAAAGGUCUUACACAUCUAGAUAUAUCUCGAAACAACCUAUCUGGGUCAAUACUAAUCAACCUAGAGAACAUUUCUUCCCUCCAAUACUUCAAUGCUUCCUUCAAUAUGUUUGUUGGCGAGGUGCCAACUAAAGGGGUUUUCAGCAAUGCAAGUGCGAUAUCUGUGAUUGGCAAUAUUAAUCUUUGUGGGGGUAUUUCUGAGCUGCACUUACCAACAUGCCCUAAGAAACUUGACACGCAAAGGAAACACAAUUUGAAGCUCAAGGUGGUUAUCGUGAUUGGUGUGUCAACGUCUCUUUUAUUGAUAUUUUUGUUUGCUUUCUAUUGGAGGCAUGAAAGAAACAAAAAAUCAUCUUCAACUUCACUUACAAUUGAACAAUUUCCCAAGGUGUCAUAUCAACAUCUGCACAUUGUAACUGAAGGUUUCUCUACCAACAAUUUGAUUGGAUCGGGGAGUCACGGCUUAGUAUAUAAAGGAAAGCUAGAAUUAGAAGAUAAAGUUGUUGCAAUAAAGGUAUUAAACCUUCAAAAGAAAGGAGCUCAAAAGAGUUUCAUUUCAGAAUGUAAUGCACUAAAAAACAUGAGGCAUCGGAAUUUGGUAAGAAUUUUGACAUGUUGCUCAAGCAUUGAUUACAAGGGACAAGAAUUUAAGGCAUUGGUUUUUGAGUACAUGUCAAAUGGAAGCCUUGAAAAAUGGUUGCAUCCUAAUCAAGAAAGUGCAGAUCGAUUAACACUGGAUAUUUCUCAAAGAUUAAGUGUCAUAUAUGAUGUUGCCUCUGCAUUGCAUUAUCUUCAUUAUGAAAAUGAGCAAUCAGUUGUCCAUUGUGACUUAAAGCCAAGCAAUGUCCUUCUUGAUGAUGACAUGGUGGCUCACGUGAGUGAUUUCGGGUUAGCAAGACUACUUGCCACCCUUCAUGGCAGUCCUCAAAAGGAAACAAGCACAUCUGGACUAAAAGGGACAAUUGGUUAUGCUCCUCCAGAGUAUGGAAUGAGUUCUGAGGUAUCAACUCAAGGUGAUAUGUAUUCUUUUGGUAUUCUUAUCUUGGAAAUGUUAACCGGAAAGAGACCUACAGACCCAAUGUUUGGAGAUGGCCAUAAUCUUCAUAGCUACAUCAACGCUACAUUUCCAAACAAUCUUUUGGAGAUUGUGGACAAAGCUCUUGUACCUCAACAAAUACAACAGACAGCAACGGGAAUUGGAGGAGAAAUCAGGAUAGAGGAGGGGGCUCAUAUGCAUCCCAACCAUGAGAGGACUCUUAUUUUACUAUUUGAGAUUGGACUUGCUUGUUCAGUGCAACCUCCAAAAGAAAGGAUGAACAUGAUGGGUGUUCUAAGAGAACUAAAUCAAGUGAAAAAUGCUUUUGGUCUUGGGGAAAGAAGGCGAAAUUGACUGCAACGUCAAAGAAUGAGCCUCAAAUGUCACUUUGGAUGUGUUAUUAUAAAUUUCUGCCCUCAUAAAAUUCCUCACUUUCCAUGAAUUAUAUUUCAAUCUCAUAUGUUCAGUCAUGACUUUUCUUUUGUGAACGAAGAAAAGUCAAUGAACGUGCUAGAAUAAAUUGUCACUUUGGUAGGUGAAUCAGCCGCUUCUUCAAUGCCUAAAUUGCUAUCACUGAUGUUUCUCGGGAGGAAUAUAACCAUACUAAAUUUUUUUUAAAAUCAAGACUUCUUCUAAGUCAAAAACCA